AUGACGACCAACAGACAAAUAAUCCUCAAAGAUUAUGUCAAGGGCUUCCCGAAGGAAUCCGACAUGAUCCUCAAAACCUCAGCCAUCGAUUUGAAGGUGCCGGCUGACGGCGGCGCUGCCGUCUUGCUCAAGAAUCUCUAUUUGUCUUGCGACCCCUACAUGCGACUCCGUAUGGGCGGUAUUCACGACAGUUUCUACUACACGUCCUCCUUCACCCCCGGCCAGCCUAUCGUGGGAUUAGGAGUGGGUAGAAUUGUUGAUUCUUCUCACCCAGAAUUCGAGAAGGGAGAGUUGGUCUGGGGCAUGACUAAAUGGGAGGAUUACACCCUUAUUCAAUCUGUCGGCAGCCUUUUCAAGAUUACUAACACGGCCGUGCCACUCUCCUAUUACACCGGAAUUCUUGGGAUGCCGGGAGUUACGGCGUAUUUUGGCUUUUUUGAGUUUUGCGCUCCGAAAGAAGGUGAGUCCGUCUUCAUUUCAGCUGCAUCUGGUGCUGUUGGACAGCUCGUCGGGCAAUUUGCAAAGUCGAAGGGUUGUUAUGUUGUUGGAAGUGCAGGAAGUGAAGAAAAGGUGGAUCUUUUGAAGAAUAAAUUUGAUUUCGAUGAUGCGUUUAACUAUAAAGAAGAAACCGACUUCAAUGUUGCUCUUAAAAGGUGUUUUCCUAAAGGGAUCGAUAUAUAUUUUGAAAAUACUGGAGGUAAAAUGCUCGAUGCAGUUCUUCUUAACAUGAAAAUGAAAGGGCGCAUUGCCGUAUGCGGUAUGAUUUCUCAGUACAAUCGCGAGGAGCCUGAAGGGGUGCGCAACUUGUUUCAAAUGGUCGCCAAAAGAAUCCGAAUGGAAGGAUUUAUUGUUUUUGAUCACUAUCAUAAAUAUAAUGAGUUCUCUGAUAAAGUCCAAUCGCUUCUAAAACAAGGAAAAAUAUCGUACGUGGAAGACAUAACGGAAGGCCUUGAAAAUGCGCCGAGUGCUUUGAUAAAGCUAUUCCAUGGCGCGAAUGUUGGGAAGCAAGUCGUAGCCGUGGCUCGUGAGUAG